AUGCGUCUAACAACUCUCCUCCCAACCCUGCUCUCAAUAUCGCUCCCCAUAACGAGCACCGCUGCAAAACCACCAGCACCGUCCCGCCUCUGGGCAACGCACUACAACGGCAAUGUUUACACCCUCAGCCUAGACAAAAGCACCAGCAACCUCUCAAUAACAGACACGCAAAAGACAUGCGGAAAGAUGCCCAGCUGGCUGACCUUCGACUCCGAGUCUCGAAUCGUCUACUGCUCGGAUGAAGACGGUACCGCCGAUCUCUCCACGCAUGGCUCUCUUACAGCAUACCACCCAGACCGACAAGGUAGACUGCAUGAGAUUACCUCCGUCGAGACAGUCGGCGGUGGUGUCGAUAGUGUUAUUUAUGAGGUUGGCAAGGAGAAGUUCAUUGCUAUUGCGCAUUACACCUCCGCCCAAGAAUUCCACUUCAAACUCACCCACCCCGGCGCCGUACCCCAACAAGACUCACCACACCCCCACUCCGUCUUCCUAGACCCAACAGGCUCAUUCAUCCUAAGCCCCGACCUAGGCGCCGACCUCCUCCGAAUCUACAGCAUCUCCUCAACCGGAAAACUCACCACCUGCCCCCCCCCCGUAAACGUAACAUUCGGCAGCGGCCCCCGCCACGGCCUCUUCUGGACAGAUGGAACAGACAACCACACCGCAAGCACGGGAACAGGAAUAAGCCAUCAGCGCGAAAUGGCCGCCGUCGGCAAAACAAUGCUCUACCUCGUCAACGAGAUCGGCGGCACGAUGAUGACGUUUGACGUCUCGUACGCGCGAAGCGGCUGUCUGGACCUAAGCCUCAAACAAACGCUCGUGCCUUACCCAGCCGCGGACCAGAAAGAUCACAAAUUGCCGUCCGGCGCGACGCCGGCGGAAAUCCGCCUUGUCGGUGAUAAGUUUUACGUGUCGAUUCGGAGUGAUCAGGGGUUUGCGCCGGGGGAUUCGAUGGUUACGCUUGAUCGGGUGCCGGGGAUGGGCGUGCCGCGGACUUUUGCGGUGAAUCGGGCGGGGGAUCUGGUUGCGAUUGGGAAUCAGGCUUCGGCUAAUGUGGCUAUUGUGCGGCGGGAUCGGGUUACUGGGGAGCUUGGGGAGAAGGUUGCUGUUUUGCAGGUUGGGGAGCCUGGGACGGUUGGACAGGCGGAGGGGUUGAGUAGUGUCAUUUGGGAGGAGUAG